GGUCGCGACUGUUGCGCGUCUCUGGAGGGGCGGAGGCCUCGGAGGCCCGGCUUCAGUCGGCGGCCUUUCUCCAGCCAGAUGAGUGCCGGUGGCAGCUGCGUGUGUCUGUGCCUGGUCGCCGGCCUCCCGGGAGCAGGGAAGACCACGCUUACCCGCCGCCUGCCGGAGCUGCUGCAGCCGAGGGCGCAGUCGCUGGUGCUGCGCUACGAUGAUGUCAUUCCAGGGGAGGCUUUCCAGGCUGUAACGCAGGCCGAUGGCGACCUUUCAACGGACAACCCCUCUGGAACGGAUUCAUUUUGGAAAUUGUACAGGCAUAAACUGCUGGUAUAUAUUGAGUGCUUAAUUCAGGCUAUUAAUGAAAAUGGCCAGCUUUCUCUUUCGGGCAAUGAAAAUGACUCAUUGUGGGAAUGCUUCAUUGAGUCACUGAAACAACAGCAAAUUAUCUCUGGAGAAACCCAGCAUGGAGUGCAGAAGUACUCAAUUUGCAUCACACUUUCAAAGCCCUUAGUUAUAAUUUUGGAUGACAACUUCUACUAUCAAAGUAUGAGACAUGAGGUUUACCAGAUGGUGAGGCGAAAUUCCAUAGGCUUCUUGCAGCUGUUUCUGGAUUGCCCACUAGAAUUAUGCCUGAAGAGAAAUCAUGAGCGGGGUUGUCUGGUUGAUGAUGAAACAAUAAUUCUGAUGUCAGCAAAAAUCCAGCCUCCAGACCCUGUGAAAAAUGCAUGGGAAAAGAAUAGUAUUAUACUAAACAAUUCAGAAAAUUUUAUGGAGGAUGAGAUGCAAGCGGUAUUUGCGCUUCUUGACAGUUCAAUAGAAAAUCCAGAGAAGCCAUUAGAAGAAAACAAUGAACAAAAGGAGAGAGAUCGUGCCACGUGUGCUGCUAGUGCUCUUCAUCAAGCUGAUCAAGCCUUCCGCCGCUUGGUGUCUCAGUCUAUGAAAACUGCAAAAGCUAAGAACCUUUCAAAGUGUAAUUUGAAGUUGCUGUCUCAAGAACUGAACAAGCUUAAGGCUGAGAUUUUGGAAGACCUUCGACAUCUCAAUUUCCAGAGCAAUCCUAUAAAACUUUAUGGUGAUGUUGAUGUGAUCGUCAAAGAAGCUACACAUGAAUUUGAUCAGAGGAAGGAAAUAAUUCUGAGGAAUUUUCUAAAAUCCUCAAGUUAACAAUGCAUGGUGCUGUCCAGUUUGUCUACAGCCCGUAGUUUAACCUGUCUCAGUACUCUAUCUUAGUUAUGAGAGUUUGACUUAGAAAAGUCAGGUUAUUUGCUGGAGAACUGUGCAGAAUUGCUAUUGAAAAGAUCAAGUGUACCGAUAUAGAGUAUAUAUCAUUGUUGUGCAAUGUAUAAUUAUAUCUGUUAAAAGAUUGAAACACGUUUUACUUGUUUCAUAAAAUGUAUAUGAGUAAAGUACUGAAGAUGAUCGAAAGCUGAAAUAAAAACAAGUUAGAAAUGCUCUCAGGGUGUAGAGAUUUGAAUAAAUGUUAAGAUGCAGAGAAAGGCUGCUGCAGGUGGGAUGCGAGAAAGUAAGUAACAAAAGCAUGAUGGAAAGGGUGUGGUAAUUGAACAAGUAAUUGAGAGCACAUCUAAAUAACAGGAGCAUGAUCAUUAACUGAUACUAAAUUCAAUGGACGGUUUAAUGUCUGUAUGAUGGACGGGGCUUAACAUUUGCCCUUUUUAAGAACACAGAGAGUAUGUUUGGGGAAAAUUCUGCUACAACUAUAAAUAUUGGAUUUUUUAUGAAAAUAUGUUCAGAGAUUGUGAUAAGUAAAUAUGUUACAAGAGAUGAUGAAUAACCCAAGUUUGUUUUUACAAAAUCUUUGAGAGUCUAUACAGCUCAUAGUUUAAAAUUGGGAUAUGUUGGCUUUCUAUCAUUUUUGCCUGGAGAUUGCUGGGAUUUUGGUGUUAGCAAGUAAAUAUUGGGACCUGCACGAAUGUAAAAGCGCUGGACUUGCUGCUCAGACUUCACUGCCAGACCCCGCUUGGAUUUAAAAGAUAAAUAGGAUCCGCAUUUAUUUUGGUUUAUCUAUUCUUUGAUGCUGGAGAUUGUAAGGCCUCAGGAAAGAAUGGUGUGAGUAGUUAUUUGAAAAGUAUUUAAUUUUAAUUUGUUCCUCCUUGAUUCUCAGAGAAAAAACCCAUCCAUGGUAAUAAUUUUUCUCUGAAGCAAUUUUGUCAUCUCAGCAAAAAGUUUUAAAGGCAAGGCGAUUCACUGCAGGGGGUAAACUGGAUCACAAUACUAUGACAGAUCAUGAACAAUUACAAAGGCGCCUACGAGUAAUAUUUUGUGAAAUCAGCAGUUUUAGCAAAGGACUGGGAUGCUGCAUAAAACAAUGACUGAGGAGGUGAGUUGAUUAGAUGAUUAGUUGUCAAUGUAAUUAUACAUUGGGUUGCUACGUUUAGCUGAAUUAUUUUAGAGCAUUCAUUGGAAAUGCAGUACCACUCUGUUUUACGAUGCUUUAACUUUGAACUCUGGUGAAUCUCUGGAAUUCUCUCCCGCAGAAGGUAGUUGAGGCCAGUUCAUUGACUAUAUUUAAGAGGGAGUUAGAUGUGGCCCUUGUGGCUAAAGGGAUCAGGGGGUAUGGAGAGAAGGCAGGUACAGGAUACUGAGUUGGAUGAUCAGCCAUGAUCAUAUUGAAUGGCGGUGCAGGCUCGAAGGGCCGAAUGGCCUACUCCUGCACCUAAUGUCUAUGUUUCUAUGAACGCACGGUGUGCCUUUACUGUAGGCAAGUACGAGUCCUUCUUAAAUAAAGAGAAAACUAAAGUUCCAUACACUUCCAUACACAUACAAGUGAAGGUCUUCCCAAAACAUAUACUUUACCUGUAUCUGGAGCUUCUGUUAGAAUGAUUAUUUGUGUGGUUUUGAGUAUAUAUGACCCCACAUGCAGUAAUUCAUUUUUUUAGUUUGGAUCCCUUUGCUUGAAUUAUUGGCUUCUCAACUUCAGUUUUUAUUUAGUAGGAAUAAAUAUCUGGUGACAAAAAAGGUUUAAGUAAAUGUCUGAUGUACCUAACACUUCUUAAACUAUUAGUUUAAUUUAGAGAUGAAGAAACACAAUUUGUUUGUGAUAUUUUAUUAAAAAUAUUUUAGGAUUUCUGGAAUUGCUUCCAUUGUACAACUAUAAAUCUCUUCUUGAUCAUUUCCUUCAUUUAGUGAUCAUGAGGAAAAAAACAAAUAAACAUCACAUCCCCAAAAUAUAUACAAGAUAAUAACAUUUUUUUGAAACAUUCUUGUGAAAAAUAGGUUUCCUGCAUAUGUAACUAUUAAUUGAUACAAAGGAUUAAAUACAGGUGAUUCUUAGAAAAACUAAUCAAUAGAACUAUUCAAUAAACCAGUAUUAUACACUAAUAGUGUACAGUAAUCUCAUUGAAGCACCUUUCUAUUAAAGAAGAGUAAUUUUUUGAACCCAUUGUAAUUUACCACAACACAGCACAAAAUAUUAUAAUCAAAAUCAAUUAAAUCUGUUUAAAAUUAAAAUGUUGGCUAUCUGGAGCAAAGUUCAGAACCUUAUACAACUACUGGUUGCAUCAUUAUUGCAAACCUCAUUGGAUGAUUUCAAUUGCACUUUUCAAAGAAUAAGUGUGUAAUUGGCAAGGAAACAAAUCCUACUAAUUAAUCUCAGACAAUGCCACUGUAUUUAAUGUAGGGUUCAUUCUUGUUGAUGUCAAAGAAACAUUCUGUGGGAAUUUACUUUCCAAACACCAAAAAGUUAUAUUUAAGAAUAUAAUAUUGUUAUUUAGCGAAGCACUUUGUGUUGUGGAUAUUUUUGUCAUAAAGUAGUCACAAGUAAAUCUAGAGUGAGGAAUAAGUUUAAACAGGGUUUUAUUU